AAACCCAAACAAAUUGCAGGCGAUUCGGGCGAAGUGCUGGCCCAGAAGGGACGCUUCUAUGGCGUCUAUUUGCUGUGCAGCCAGAGCUUGGACGCACGCUAUCGCGGCAAGUGCUAUGUGGGCUUCACCGUCAAUCCCAAGCGUCGGAUCGGGCAACACAAUCGUGGCUGUGAUUUUGGUGGGGCACACAAGACGAGCCGCAAGGGACCCUGGCAGAUGGUGAUGAUUGUCCAUGGUUUUCCCAACAAUAUAGCUGCGCUACAAUUCGAAUGGGCGUGGCAACAACCCGCACUCUCCACACGCCUCAAGUGCUAUCCGGAGCUGCGACGCAAACAGCCGCGAGAAACGCACUUCGAUUACAAUUUCCGUAUAGUCAAUCGGAUGUUGGGCAUUGGGCCGUGGCAUCGAUUGCCGCUCACUGUUCGCUGGCUGGAGAGCGAGUGUGAGCGUGGAUUUGUUGUGCCACUGCCGCCACAUGUGCGCAUCGUUAGUGGCAAGGUGGCCAUAACGGCUAAGCAGCCGGAGCAAGCUGUUGCCUCCAAUCGGUCGUUGGAGUGCCACCUGUGCAUGCAGCGGGUGGAGCCAGCGGAGCGUUGCCGCCUGCUCGGCUGCCUGCGUGCCAGCUGCCCGCUGACCUGCCACAUGCUGUGCCUGGCCAGCUACUUGCUGGGCGAUCAACCCGGCCAGUAUAUACCCAUUGGCGGCACUUGUCCGCUCUGCGAGUUGCCCCUCAGCUGGGCCGAACUAUUGCGGCGCCAAGGUGGUUUCACGGAGACGGACCAGGACAGCGAUGAUGUAGCAUGCGACGAGCUCAGCGAUGAUGUGCCCGAUGUGGACAGCGACGUGGAGCAGCAGCUAACCCCUUGAAGAAAAACCAAUAUCUCUGUCUGUUUUGAUAUAAAUAAAAUAUGCGUUUUAUAAGGUCUUCAUCAUGGCCUUAUUGAUUUGG